AUGUUCCUAGGAGAAUUAGUGCAAAACCGCUCAACCAGCCUCGUCGCCGUAGACGUUAAGGCGUACGAGCUUAAUCGCAGUUUAGUCUUAGAAAUAGGUCUUUCAUCGAUCACGAGGACUACUAACGCUAUACCACAUGAGAUAACGUCAAGACAUUACAUCCUUAAGGAAACCAUCGACUUAUACAACGGGACAUAUAUCGCCGGCAACAAAUACGGCUUUACGUUCGGAGACUCCCACACGGUCAGCGAGAAGGAUAUCGUGGGUGAAGUUAAGAAAUUCGUCGAAGAGGUUGUCCCUGCCGGCAACAAAGUGGCUAUCGUUAGUCAUUCAGUGGACGGAGACGAGAAGUGGCUAUCGGGUCUUAGGAUCACGUUCGCUGACGCUAAACGGUGCGAUCUCGCACUAAUGGAAAUAGCGCUGACGUCGUCUUAG